AUGGCAUACACGGCAAGAGUCACUCCAGAUAACGUUGAUGAGGGCAUUGCAUCGCUCAUUACUGCACGGGCCAUGUCAGCAGAUCGGAACGGCGAUACGGUGGCUGUGCCGCGGGGCGAUACCGGGACGGCCGAGAGUGACGUCCUCGUCGACGAUGUCCGCCUCAUCGGCGCGGAGGAAGUCGAGGCCUUUAUCAACAAGAACGUGGUGACGGCUGCUCCUGCGGCGAGCGCCGAUGUCCAGCAUGCGCUGCCGCUGCUGGGUACGGUGGUUUUGUGGCGCCCGGUCUACGCCGGCGAAGGGGCGACGUCGGCGUGGGUCGGGGCAUCUGGCCGGCUGGUGGUAGUCGACGUCGAGGCCGCCGUCCUCGAGUUUGGCCGCAUCGACCACGGCCCGUCGUCUGUCCUCCGCUCGACCUUUCCGCGCCGAUCCGGUACGCUCGAAGCCGGUGCGCUGGCGCAGACCGUCAUUUCGGCCAUGGAGCGGGUCUUUGCUCCGGACGUGGUUCCGGCAGCGACGCCGCUCCGCGCACUCAAGCCCGACUCGGCGGCUGACAAGGUCCUCGUCUCAAUUGUCGAGUUCCACGACUCGGUUGUCGCCGACAACGCGUAUGUGCGUGCGGUUGACGUAGAGGCGGUCUUGGCCGAAGCCUCCAAGCUGACGACGCCGUGGCGGUCGGUCCUUGUGGCGCACGGGCGGCACGGGCUUCACGACCACAAGCACGUGGCUAUGGCGCUGCAGCAGGCACUGGUCGCUGGCUCGCGGAUGGAGGCUGUCACGCGCACAGGCGACCGCGCUCAGUCGCCCGAGUACACUCUCGUCUCGCGGCCGUACAUCGACGCCAACCUCCUUCGCGCUGCGCUUGCAGAGGCGUCGGACAUGCUCGCUGGCGGCCUGCUCGAAAACUCGCCAUACCACUCGAUCCUAUUUGAGAGUCGCGGCGGCGAGGCCAAGCCACAUGCACGUGUGGUGCCUGUCUACGUCUUUGAGCUCGCGCGGCUCCCGCGCGGCGUGUUGUUUGGCGACGGCUCACGGGUGGUGGCGUUUGAUGACUGCGUCCUAGUCCUGGCGCCGCAGGCUGAGACUCUGCUGCCGCUGUUUGACGUCAGCGGAGUCCGGACGGCAGUCUCGCGCAGAGUUAUGCGCCCGGUGCUGGCCGGCAUCGCUCGCGCCGUCGCCGGCCUCGUCCCCUACACCGAGGCCUGGUCUGCGGCACGGGGCAAGAUCGAGACCUCGUACCAAUGGGCAGUAGGCGGGCAUGCGUACGGUGAGUUUGCGCGUGGGUACGAAAGCCUUGGCGACGCCGAUGGGGUGCGAGGCCGGGUGCUGAUGAGCGAGGCGAUGCGGCACAUGGACACUGCCGUGUGGCUUUACGAGAGUGUCGUCGACGCAGCGGAGGAGUUUGCGCGCGAGCUAAUGUACAACGCGGCUGGCGAUGAUCUCUCGCACAGCCACGCGGCGACGAUGCUCGGCGAGCGACUGUUCAUUGACCGGCUCUUCCACUACCGCUACGCCGAGGUGCUGGUCGCCUCGUCGCGGGUCCGCGAGACGGUUGCCUACCUCCAUGACGAGCUCGCCCGCGAGGAGGGCGCCAUCCGAACCGCGCUCCUGGCGUGGAUGGAUGGCGCGCCUGGGUACCUUGAGCUUGUUGUUGAUGCCCGCCGGCGUAUGGACGAGUUUGCGGCGCGGGCGGCGAGCACGCUGCAGCAGGCGCGCGCCGAUCUCGAGUGCUGCGAGUUUGUGCACGAGACGGCGCCGACCAACAUGACGACUAUCUCGUCGACAAUGCCGCUCAUGGUUGCGGUCAUGGUUGCGGUCAUGGUGGUUCUCGUCCGCCAAAAGGAGCUUGAUGUCCACCGGAUGCAGGAUCGCCACGACGUGCUCUUUGCCCGCCGCGCCCGCCGCGCCCGGCUCAGCGGCCCCUCCCGCCGGUGA